UCCCCCUUCCGGGCUCGGCGGGUUGCCAUGGCGGCGGGCUGGCGGCCGCGGCCCUGAGCUGCGCGGGAACCCGCCCGCGGCCUACCCGGUCCCGCCCUGCCCCGCCAUGGAGGACGAGCUCUACCUCGAGAAUAUCGACGAGUUCGUCACCGACCAGAACCGCAUCGUAACAUACAAAUGGUUAAGCUACACUCUGGGAGUUCACGUCAACCAGGCUAAACAGAUGCUGUAUGAUUACGUAGAGAGGAAACGAAAGGAGAAUUCAGGAGCUCAGCUUCAUGUCACCUACUUGGUAGCAGGAGACCUCAUCCAGAAUGGGCAUGUUUGCCACAAGGUUGCAGUAGUGAGAGAAGAUAAACUCGAAGCAAUGAAGUCUAAACUAGCCAUGAUUGCAAGCGUGCACGUCUACAGCAUUCAGAAAGCCUUGCUCAAGGACAGCGGGCCACUCUACAACACAGACUAUGAUAUCGUCAAAACAAACCUCCACAACUGCAGCAAGUUUAGUGCCAUUCAUUGUGCUGCUGCUGUGCCCAGGACGUUGACCGAAGUUUCUCAAGUGCAGACGUCUGUGCAGGCUGAUUCCCAGACACCAAGUGACACGAAUGCUGUCAGCGUACCGGUGGUCAACGGCCACGGUCCAUCGACUGCUAAACAGACCUUGCAGCAGCCCAAAGGGAUCAUGGGAAUGUUUGCAGCCAAAGCAGCUUCUAAACCCCAGGACACAAAUAAAGAAACUAAAGCAGAGGCUAAGGAGACCCCAGGUGUGUCUGCAGUAAGCAGCAAACCACCAGCAAAGGGCAACAUCAUGAACAACUUCUUUGGAAAAGCUGCCAUGAAUAAACUCAAAGUCAACUCUGUGCCUGAGCAGCCAAAGGAAGAAAAAGUAGUCAAGCCUUCAGUUCCUGAAGCAGAACCAGAGUCAUCCCCUAAUACUGUAGCAGAGAAACCUGGGAAGAAAACAGAGCCUGCUAGAAGUCAACAAAAGGACAAAAAAAGUAAAAUGAAGAGGGUGGACAAGUCGGAUAACGAGGAAGAAAGAGAUCCCGAAAAUCUAAAGAAAAAGAGGAAGCGAAUCAAACAACUUCAGUCUGACAGCAGUGAUGAGGAAGCAGAUGUCCCGCUGCCUCCCACACCCGAGGAAGAGAAAGCUCCAUCUCCACCCCCUGUACCUGCUCUGAAAACUGAACUGGAGCCUGCAUCCACAGAGGUUUCAGCUGGAGGGAGGAAGAGGAAACGGAAGCGUGUGCUGAAAUCCAAAAUGUUUAUUGACUCGGAAGAAGGCUGCAUGGUGACUGAGAAGGUUUACGAGAGUGAAUCCUGUACAGACAGCGAGGAUGACUUCGCCAAGGCCAAGCCACCAGCUGCACACAAACAGCCUGCACAGCCUCUGAAGAAAGAACCAAAGGAAGAAAAGAAGAACCUUAAGAAAGGGGCAGCUACUGCCAACAGAGCCAACAAACAGGUCUCCAUCAUGGGUUUUUUUCAGAAGAAAUGAACUGGGUUUUUCUCCCGGUCCUCUUGGCAGCUUGGGAGUGUUGCUCUUUUUGUGUGGCUUUCUGAAAGCCGCUGCGUUGGAGGAUAACAACAUGCAAUCUUCACUUACGUAAGAUAUCUUGCUUACUGUGUAAGUAAGCCCUCUGGACUAGAUUUUGUAUCGGAGAAAAGUUUUAUUUGUUACUGCAAUAAUUUCAAUCAUCUUUACAAAGCAGUAUGGGAAUCGCAAAAUCUAGAGGAACUCUUGAAAGACUUUAAUCUAUCCACAUGAAACUUUAUUUUUUUAUUCAGCCUCUCACCUGUUCCACAAGUGGUAGUUGGACUUAUUUAGGAGUCAAGUUGUGGCUUUUUUUCCCUUCUCUUUACGCCCCCAACUCCCCAGAUUGAUCUAAAUGUUGGUUAGAAGCUGCAAUAUAGCAGGUCUUCGGGCAUACACGCAAAUACUGAACAUCUGCUGCGGCUUUAACUGAAUGAAAUGAACUUAAUUUUCCCCCUAAGACUGGUAAAUAGUUUUUGCUCUGCCUUUCAUAAUCUUUUUUUGGACAAAGCAGUGCAUAUAAAAUUCUCUUACUUUUUUCUUCCUUGAACGUAUCCUCUGUAAAUUGCUCAGAUGCCUAAUUAUAGACCGGGACGCUGUUGGUGCUCUGUCUUUGCAAAAACAUCUUUGAGGCUUCCCACACAAUUGGCUCCUGUGUAAUUGGGGGAAGGCUUCGCUGUUAUUGGGAAAGCAACUGGGUCUUCAACCUUGAAAGUUAAUGAGUCAAAGGGCAGGGUGAUUAGAGGGCAGUUCUGAUAACACCCGGCAGGUACCUGCUGUCCUUGUCCGUGAGGGAUUGCGCGCUGCUUUUUGGGUUUGUAGUUUUUGGGUUGCCUGAAGUUCUUUUUACAGGCAUAAACCAAACAACGGGAGAGUUGUUUUCUAGGACAUCUCGUCAUCUGCCUGCUGAAGGAAGUAUGUCACGGCAAACGGUCCUGAGGAACCAGUUAUUGGAGACGAAUAAAGCACUGCAGUCCUGUUAAUCAGAAAUGAGUCGUCUUUUUGGAUGCCUCCUGAUUUUUCUGGUGCCAAAUUUGAUAGAUGCAUGUAAAAGCCAGAUCUUCUAGAAGAUGGGUGCUGAGCAUUUCUGAAGCUUGGCUUGGUGAGGGCUCCCAAAUGGGUGACUGAUGUCAUCAGUCGUUGUUUCUGGGUGGUGUUAGGCCAACGUACGUAUGGAUAUGUAUAUCCAUAUUCGUAUAGAAAGUGCUUGUGUUGGCAGAAAGGUAGAUAAAGUCUGAGGAGUGUGAAGCAAGGAAGAAAUGUCUUUAGACACGCGGCUGAAAGUAUUCCGACCUGUGGGCAGUAAAAGGGCCAAACAACUGUAUUGACAGUCAUCCUGACCAGGAGAUCAGGUUGGUGACUGGAGAAAUUUGAGCACACACCUGUUAGCGACCAAGAGUUGACUCGAUUGAAGUCACAUCACCCUCGGCAGCUUGCACCCUCAGCAGAUGUGAGAGGAUCUCCUUCAAACCAGCAGUGUCUCUGGAUUCGUGCCUGUGUCCUGGCUGGGUGGGUUCAGCUGCUCACUGUGUGGAUCGCUGCUCCUGGGGCUCUUCAAGGGUCACCUCGUCGCUCAGCACCCUCCCCCUGUGGCUCCCCGUGAGAGUUAAGAACUGAAAUUCUGGACUUUCUGUGUUGGAGAUGUAUAGGGGAAAAAAAUAAUGGGAAGAUGGGAAGGCAGAACUGGCACGGUACUCACAGAGGUUGCUGCACAAGCCGAAAAAAAACGUUUCGUGCUCUCGUGGUAUGUUGGAGUGACGUGGGCAGCAGAGGGCCAUGGGGGAAGAAUGAACAACCUUGUUCUGACUUUUAUGAAGAAAAUUUAACUGUUAAAAAAAACCGAACCGCUGUAGUGUUUCUGUUAUUCUUGGUAGAAUUGGGGGUGUAUUUUGAAAAGUAAUAAGUAACA